UCCGUCUCAAUGAUCUUCCCUUGACUUAUCUUCCUGCGCUCACACUCUGCAUCUGUUGCUUCCUCCCCUAAACCCGCCUGCUUUUCACCCUCCCUCUCUAACGAAUAGCCCUUUGCUCUACUCCAACCAAGAUGGCUAAGAGCCAGGCUGGGACGGAAAACCUGGGCGUCGACUAUGUGGUGGUAUUCAAGAUUGGCGAUACAGAAAAGACAAAAGCAGCACAGCUCUUCGAAGAACUGGUCCAGCGAUUAUCCAAGAGCGGCCUAGCCACCGAAGUCCGCAACGGCAACAACCACACCCUCCUCAUCUUCGUCAAGCUCUCCAGCGAAGAGCACCUGCUCGCCGAAGUCUACCGCAGCCGCGUCAGAGAUUGGAUCCACGGCGUCCGCGCCUCCGAACCCCCGCAAGAUACCCGCGCCGCUCUCGAGCAAGAUCCCCUAACGCAAGCCGAGCGCCUCCGCACUAUCCACGGCCUCAUCACCCAUCCCCAAAGCGAGCAUGGUGCUGGCAUCACGCCGGGCAAGGGCCGCUGGACGAAUGUGGAGAGUAUCUUUGCCCUGCACGACCACGCCUAUAAUAAAGAGUGGAUUAAGAAGUGGAGCACACAAUACCUGCUGAAGCCCGAGGAUCUCGACGACAUUCGCGAUCGAUUUGGCGAGAAGAUUGCCUACUAUUUCGCCUUUACACAGUCCUACUUCACCUUCCUUACCGUUCCCGCCGCCAUCGGCUCCUUCACCUGGUUGGUCCUUGGCCAUUUCAGUAUCUGGUAUGCCGUCGCUGCUUCCUUGUGGACGGUGGUCUUUGUGGAAUGGUGGCAUCAUCAAGAGCGUGACUUGGCGACACGAUGGGCUGUACGUGGUGUGAGCAAUAUCGAUAACAAACGACCAGAGUUCGAGCAUAAGCACGAAGCCACCGAUCCGGUCACCGGCGAGACAAUGUACAUCUUCCCCACGCGCGAGCGAGUCAUGCGUCAACUGCUACAACUCCCCUUCGCCAUUGCGGCAGUUAUCGCGCUGGGAAGUUUGAUCACGCUAUGCUUUGGAAUCGAGAUCUUCAUCAACGAGGUCUACUCCGGUCCGGGAAAGUCGUACCUCACAUAUCUCCCGACUGUCAUCCUGUGCACAGCCAUGCCUUUCCUCAGCGGCCUCCUCACACAAGCUGCUACGAAACUUACCGACUACGAGAACUACGAGACCGAGGCGCAAUACGAGCGCAGCUUGACCUCAAAGACUUUUGUGCUCAACUUCAUCACCUCCUACCUACCCCUCUGCUUGACCGCCUUUGUUUACGUACCCUUUGGUAGCGUCAUCGUGCCUUACCUGGAUAUAUUCGCCCUGGCCUUCAAGCCCGGCAGCAAAGACAUCAAAGCCGAAAACGACCCCACUCUCUUCGAAAUCAACCCGCAGCGCCUCCGAAAACAAGUCAUCUACUUCACUGUCACCGCGCAAAUCGUCAACUUCGGCAUGGAGGUCGUCGUCCCCUACCUCAAACGCGAAGGUCUGAUCAAGUUCAAGGAAAUGCAGCUCAAGCGCACCGGCACCAUCAACGCCGUCACCGCCGACGACCCCGUAGAAGAAACCGACUUCCUAGCCCGCGUACGCAACGAAGCCGACCUCGACACGUACGAUGUCUACGACGACCUGCGCGAAAUGGUCGUGCAAUUCGGCUACCUCGCCCUCUUCUCCGUCGUCUGGCCCCUCACGCCUGUUUCCUUCUUCAUCAACAACUGGAUUGAGCUGCGCUCCGACGCGGUGAAGAUCUGUGUCGACAUGCGCCGCCCCACACCCUGGCGCGCCGAAAGUAUCGGCCCCUGGCUCAACGCCCUCGCCUUCCUCUCCUGGCUCGGUAGCAUCACCAUGGCCGCGCUGACGUACAUGUUUUCCAAUGACGGGCUCGGGCCUGAUGGCAAGCCGAGCGAUAUCAAGGGCUGGGCGCUCUUGCUAUCAGUCUUCUUCAGCGAGCACCUGUACCUCGGCGCGAGGUGGCUGGUCAGCACGGCGAUUAGCAAAAUCGAUUCCCCGGGAAAACAAAAGGCGCGGAGGGAAAUGUACGAGACACGCAAAAAGUACUUCGCCGAGUCGCUGCGCGAUACCGACAAGUUGGCCUCGGCGUCGGGGAUGGGCGAGGGAGAGAGUGAGGGCCGGGAGGAGAUUACUCGUACUUCGUUGGAGGAGGAGGCUAGGGCGGCGAGCUUGAAGUCUAGGACUCCGGAGGCGAAGUUCUGGAGUCGGCAGCGGGGAUGGCAGGAUGCGGCGGAGGUGGGGCGGAGGCUGAUUGAGAAGGAUGUAGUGGAGGAGAAGGCGGCGAAGGAGAAGAAGGAGUUGUAGGUGGAGGGUAACAUACGUAUAUCGUUAGCGUUGGCGCCAUGAGCUUGAUUGUA